CCCGCCCCCUGCCCCGCGCCGGCUAGCGGAGGAGAGUAAAUAUAACAGGAGCGCAAAAUGGCGGAACCGCCGAGCCCCGUGCACUGUGUCGCUGCCGCGGCCCCCACCGCCACCGUCUCGGAGAAAGAACCGUUUGGCAAGCUGCAACCCUCCUCCCGGGACCCUCCGGGUUCUCUGUCCGCCAAGAAGGUCCGGACUGAGGAGAAGAAGGCACCGCGGAGAGUGAACGGAGAAGGGGGCAGCGGCGGGAACAGCAGACAGCUGCAGCCGCCAGCAGCACCUUCGCCUCAGAGCUAUGGCAGCCCCGCUUCUUGGAGCUUUGCCCCUCUAUCUGCUGCUCCCUCCCCGUCCUCUUCUCGGAGCAGUUUCUCUUUCUCCGCUGGCACGGCCGUUCCGUCCUCAGCCUCCGCUUCCUUGUCUCAGCCGGUGCCGCGCAAACUGCUGGUCCCUCCUACGCUGCUGCACGCUCAGCCUCCCCAUCUCCUCCUGCCCGCCGCCGCCGCCGCUGCCUCGGCUAACGCCAAGUCGCGCAGACCUAAGGAGAAGCGGGAGAAGGAGAGGAGGAAGCACGGUCUCGGCGGGGCCCGAGAGGCCGGCGGGGCCUCCCGGGAGGAGAACGGGGAGGUGAAGCCGCUGCCCCGAGAUAAAAUCAAAGACAAAAUUAAAGAGAGAGACAAAGAAAAAGAGAGAGAGAAAAAGAAACAUAAAGUAAUGAAUGAGAUCAAGAAAGAGAAUGGAGAAGUAAAGAUUUUGCUGAAAAGUGGGAAGGAGAAACCAAAAACAAGUAUAGAAGACUUACAAAUUAAAAAGGUAAAGAAGAAAAAGAAAAAGAAACACAAAGAGAAUGAAAAACGGAAGCGUCCGAAAAUGUAUAGCAAAUCUAUUCAGACCAUCUGCUCAGGAUUGCUAACUGAUGUUGAAGAUCAAGCAGCCAAAGGCAUCCUAAAUGAUAACAUAAAAGAUUACGUUGGGAAGAAUUUGGAUACCAAGAACUACGAUUCCAAAAUUCCAGAGAACAGUGAGUUUCCAUUUGUCUCAUUAAAGGAGCCACGAGUUCAGAAUAACCUCAAAAGGUUGGAUACUUUGGAAUUUAAACAACUCAUUCAUAUAGAGCACCAGCCUAAUGGAGGUGCAUCAGUUAUCCAUGCCUACAGUAACGAACUCUCCCACCUGUCUCCUAUGGAGAUGGAGAGGUUUGCAGAAGAGUUUGUGGGUCUAGUGUUCAGUGAAAACGAAAACUCUGCAGCUUUCUACGUGAUGGGUAUUGUUCAUGGGGCAGCUACUUAUUUACCUGACUUUUUAGACUAUUUUUCAUUUAAUUUUCCCAAUUCACCAGUGAAAAUGGAGAUAUUGGGAAAGAAAGAUAUAGAGACAACGACUAUGUCCAAUUUUCAUGCUCAGGUAAAAAGAACAUAUUCUCAUGGUACUUACAGAGCUGGCCCAAUGCGACAAAUAAGCUUGGUGGGAGCGGUUGAUGAAGAAGUAGGAGAUUAUUUCCCUGAGUUCCUGGACAUGUUGGAAGAGUCACCAUUUUUAAAAUGUACACUGCCAUGGGGGACGCUAUCUAGUCUAAAAUUACAGAAUCGAAAAGAUAGUGAUGAUGGUCCCAUCAUGUGGGUUCGUCCAGGAGAACAAAUGAUCCCUGUGGCUGAUAUGCCAAAGUCACCUUUCAAAAGGAAAAGAACUACCAAUGAAAUAAAAAAUCUUCAGUACCUACCUCGAACAAGUGAGCCCCGUGAGAUGCUCUUUGAAGACAGGACAAGAGCUCAUGCAGAUCAUAUAGGACAAGGUUUUGAACGACAGACUACAGCUGCUGUUGGAGUGCUGAAGGCUGUGCACUGUGGAGAGUGGCCCGAUCAACCCCGUAUAACCAAAGAUGUAAUUUGUUUUCAUGCUGAAGAUUUCUUAGAAGUAGUUCAACGAAUGCAGUUAGAUUUACAUGAACCUCCACUGUCCCAGUGUGUCCAAUGGGUUGAUGAUGCAAAACUGAAUCAACUGAGGAGGGAAGGCAUUCGCUAUGCCAGGAUUCAGCUAUAUGAUAAUGACAUUUAUUUUAUUCCAAGGAAUGUUGUUCAUCAGUUCAAGACAGUUUCAGCUGUAUGCAGUUUAGCAUGGCAUAUUCGGCUCAAAUUAUAUCACUCAGAGGAGGACACUUCUCAGAAUACAGCUACUCAUGAAACAGGCACAUCAUCAGAUUCCACAUCAUCUGUUCUUGGACCUCACACUGACAACAUGAUUUGUGCUGUAAGCAAAGCCUCCUUGGAUUCUGUUUUUUCAGAUAAACUUCAUUCUAAAUAUGAAUUACAGCAGGUUAAACAUGAACCUAUUGCAUCUGUAAGAAUCAAGGAAGAACCUGUGAAUGUUAAUAUUCCUGAAAAGACUAGAGCACUGAAUAAUAUGGAUGGCAAGAAUGUUAAAGCAAAAUUGGAUCAUGUUCAAUUUACAGAAUUUAAGAUUGACAUGGAUUCUAAAUUUGAAAAUAGCAACAAAGAUUUAAAGGAAGAAUUGUGCCCUGGAAAUCUAAGUCUAGCUGAUACAAGGCAACACAGUUCAGCACAUUCAAAUCAAGAUAAAAAAGACGAUGACAUUUUGUGCUAAAUUUGCAUAUACCAUCUAAAAUCCUUUUUUUAAAAAAUUUAAUAAUGUAAUAAAGAUUCAUGAAUUCUGAAAGCAAGCCAAGGACUUGCUCCUAUGUCUGUUACAAAACAUAGUUUAUGUAGCUUUGUAACAUUCCUCAGUGCCUGUCCAUAACUGUGAAGUAUUAAGCACUUAGGGCCAGAUGCACUGUAAACAUUGCAGGUUUAAACAUAAAGAAGUCUUUAAAAAAAAAAUCAUUUACGUUGGAAUUUUAGGUUUUAGAAUAGAGCUGACAUUAACAUAUAUAUAUAUAAAUAUAUAUAUAUUUUGUAAUAUGAGCCAGAAUUCUUUUUCAACAAUUUAAAGCUUUUCCAUAGAGCUUAUUUAUAUCCUUUUUUUCAUUUUAAAUGUGUCAGCACUGUAGUGUAAAUAGCUUUUAAAUAUCUUUUUAGUGUGAUUUAUACUGAAAUGUGAGCCACUUAAUAAAGGUUCAUAUUAAGAAAUAUGUUUUCUGUUGAGUCUGUAAAGACACACUGACAAUUCAUUUAAGUCAUUUGUUUGAUAUGAUUCUCUGCUGGUAUAUCCAUUUAGUGUGGUAUUGUAGUGCAAAUGUACGUAAUUCAAAUCUAGUAAAUAUUUAAGUUCCCCACACUAUGCAGGCUUUUUUUUUUUUUUUUUUUUUUGAUACGGAGUUUCAUUCUGUCACCAGGCUGGAGUUCAGUGGCGCGAUCUCGGCUCACUGCAACAUUUGCCUCUUGGGUUCAAGUGAUUCUCCUGCCUCAGCCUCCUGAGUAGCUGGGACUACAGGCGCGCACCACGACACCCAGCUAAUUUUUGUAUUUUUAGUAGAGAUGGGGUUUCAUCAUGUUGGCCAAGAUGGCCUUGAUCUCUUGACCUCAUGAUCCACCCACCUUGGCCUCCCAAAGUGCUGGGAUUGCAGGCGUGAGCCACAGUGCCCAGCCUGUGCAGGCAUUUUUAGCAACCAAGACUCAGUUAAGAAAGUGUGCAUCUGUGUGUGUGUGAAUGUGUAUAUAUAUAUCAUAUAUUGCAUAAUUUUCUUAAAUUGCCGAAUAAGAUGAAUAUGUGAAAUUCCUUAGCCCUUCUCCCCGGAAUACAUUGAAAAAAGUUUUAUAUUAAACUAUUAAGAAAGCAGUUUAGGUAAUAGAAACAGUUUUAGAAAGUUGGGAGAAACAAGGUAUGUUAAUGAUAACAAAGGCUUCUAACUAAUAAAGUUACGUGGCCAGAUUACAUAGCCUACCAUAGAUUUUUUUUGUUGUGUAUGGGAUGAUAAGAAGUUUAGAGAAUUUUCUUACUAGUAAGUACCUUUACUAAGUAAUAGCUAAGUAUAAAAUCUUUAGUUACAGAAAGCUUAAUUGUGAGCAUUUAAAAUCCUUUUACAUUUUUCUUGCAGAAUGGGAGAAAAAUAUGGCAAAUAUAGAACUAAAAUAAGGGCAAUGACAAUGACUCAACUGCCAUAUAGAGAUAUAACUAACAAAAUACUUUGUGGUACCUCAUCUCUCUCAGGAUCCCCUCCCAACCCUAGCAAGGCAAACAACUUGGAGUACUUCCUUUUCAAAAGAAGUUCUAGAAAUUAAAUUGAGGUAGGAGACAGAUUGACAGUGCCUAACUAAAGAUGAGUAAAACAGAUCUCUUUAAUGAUAGACCCACUAUUUGACACUGCUUCCACUAUUGUAAUUAAAAGUCAGACAGAAGUCUUUGAUGUAUGUGUUGCUGUAAGAAACUCUGCUCAUUGCAAAUCUAUUUUGUUUGUUUUUGGUAUUAUUCUGGGCACAUACUUUGGUUGAUGACUUUCAAUUGGGGUUCUUUAUGCUGCCUUUUGGGUUACUGUUGAUAUUUCCAUUUCUGGCUUAAUUUAUGGUAACCAUCAAAACUGCUUAUAUUUCUGGUUAGGGCGAAGCCAUUUAGGAAGAAGCAUUUCACCAGGACAAGUAAAAGUUAAUUGCAGCAAUGAUGUCAGUUUUGGCCUCUAGUUUAAUAAAAGGAUAGGCAAAUAUAGGAAAUCUUCAUGGUUUGUAGGAAAUCAGUGUUUGCAACAGAGGAAGUUUCAUGGGAUAGGGAAAGUAUAAAUCAAGAUAGUAAGGGUUUUGUUUUAUAUGUCAUUGUCUUACCAUGCUCCCCACCUAUUUAAUGUUUUAAGCUAAAUUUAUGGAUUUGCACCUACCUUUUCGAGUGACAAAAGUUCUUAACAAACCAGUAUUGAGAAAUAAGAAGGGAUGUGGUUAAAAUGGUUUUCUGUUUCUCUUUAAAGUUGAAGAAUGAUGUAUUUAACAAGAGAUGUGUUUUAUUUCCAGUUUUCCAGUAGCAUAUCUACAUGGAUGCAUUGAGGUCAUACUGUGAGAAAAUGUCUUUAGGGUAUCCCUCCAAAAUAUGAGCCUUAAACUUUUUAACUUAAAGGAAGGCAUAUCUAAAAACAACCAUAGUGGUUGCUUUUAGGUAUAGUUUCCUGUAUAACCUAUAGUCAGACUUAUCUAUAAUAUGAAAAUUUAAUUGUGUUAAAAAUGCAUACAUUGGCCGGGUACAGUGGCUCACGCCUGUAAUCCCAGCACUUAGGGAGGCCGAGGCGGGUGGAUCACGAGGUCAAGAGUUUGAGACCAGUCUGGCCAACAUGGUGAAACCCCGUCUCUACUAAAAAUACAAAAAAAAUUAGCUGGGUGUGGUGGCGUGCGCCUGUAAUCCCAGCUACUCGGGAGGCUGAGGCAGAGGAAUUGCUUGAACUGGGGAGGUGAAGGUUGCAGUGAGCCGAGAUCGUGCCACUGCCCUCCAGCCUGGGCGACAGAGUGAGACUCCGUCUCAAAAAAAAAAAAAAAAAAUGCAUACAUCUCUGAAGGUAAAGUAUAAAUCAGUGGGCUCAAGAUUUGCAGGUACAGCCUUGUUAUUGCCUUCAAUAAUGCUUACGUUCCUUGUCUUAUGGGUUAUAAUUUUCAAAUCCUCUUCAGAUACAACCUGAGAACUUGUUGACUACCUUCGUUACAUGCAAAACUUUUCUAUUUUAAUAUUGCAUUAUAUUAAUGGUUUUGUAGUUAGUACAUUCCAGUUCUUUAUCUAAAUACAAGCUUUUUGCUUUUAUUUCCGGUUUCUUGGACCAGAACAAUAAAGUACGGAAGACAUAGUUUCUAUAUGGUCAUAUACUAUAUGGAAUAAAGAAUUGUUAUGUAAGUUAUUAAAUGGGUAUAUAGACCUUUACAUAAAAACUAAGGUACCUCAGUGGAAUCUGCUAUAGUGCUUCACCCUCCCUACCCCUCCAUUUUGUUUAUAACCUUUUAGCUAUCUAAAUAAUACAUAUUCCAUACUCAGGUUAGCUGGUUAGCUAGCAAAAGAAUUAACAUUUGUGAUAUUUACUUGCAAACUUUACUGAAGCCAUAUUCAUUAUCUUCCUUGUCACCAAGGCUGUUGACCUUAAAUAAACAUUAAGUUGAUUUUGCACAACACUGUAUAUGUGUGUGUGCAUGUGCCUGUUUCUGUGUGUGUAUGUUUGUGGGAAAUAAUUAUGUUUGUUUCCACAUGUAUUCAUUUUUAAUGCAUUCUGUAACUUUUCUUGAGUGGUGGUCAUUGAGGGUUGGGAAGAUUUUAUUUUUUAAGUUGUUGUUAAGGUAUUUCAUUGGUGUUCCUGAGUGUAAAACAGUUUUUUCCCAAAUACUUAUGGCAGAUAAGAGCAUUUUUGUAAAUAAUAAAUUAGCACCGUUUGGGUAAAUUUGCAUUAUUUUUUGGACAGGUUCAUUGUCAUGUAAAAAAUAUCUCAAAAUUCAUUUUACAUUUAGCAAAGGUGCAACAUUUGUUUUUGGAGUUUGAGAGAUACUUUCCUUGUCUUCCAUCUUUCAAUAAAUACUAAAAUUGAUAACCACA